AUGGCGCCUCUCACUGAAGGCGCCGGCAAAACGUUUGGGAAUGUACCAAGUCAAUGGUGCAAUGCUGGAAAUCACGGGUACUAUGGCAGAGGACACAGGACUAGGUACGUUCCCCAAGGUCUCCCUGACGCUCCGACCAAGUUGCGAAAACAAGUUCGGACCAACACUAUAAAGCUAAAGGAGACUUCGACCAAGCAGAAGCAGCCUAAGGUGACUAGGUCCUUGUGCAAGGGUUCAAUAUAUCCUGUAGCCCCAGAAUACGGUUUCGAUCUAAAAAGGAUACUUUGCUUCUUCACUCUUCCCAAACCCUCUCACGUUCGGACAGUCUAUGUCUCAUGCUCACAGAAGCACCUCACCGUGUGCUACACACCACCCUGGCAACUGCCCUACCAAGGUUUGGCAGAAGAUCUGUUGCAGCACAAAGCGAUAGCCUUCGUCUCAGGCUCCAGCUCCGAGCACAUGUCGGACAGCCCUCGCCAGACGUCAAGGGCUCAGGCCAGAGAGUCUGGACAGUCGCCUACUUCUUCGUCGUUGACGUCCACGGCUGGUUCGACUUCGGCUCCAGUCAGUGGACGCCAGGCGUCUGGCGGUGAGUCUGUAGGCUCGAGCGAGGCCGGAGGGACUCGAACACGGAGCGGCCUACUUCGCGUAGACAGUCAGUGUCAGCUGAGUCCGGUACAGGUUUUGGUCGAUGGGGCGGGCCAGCCAGGCCGACCGUCCAGACAGGCCUGGGCCUUUUCUGCAUCUCCUUCGCUGGCCCCGGCGACAUUGACAACCUCUGGACCAAGCUCCACUGGCUUCUCUUCGGGCUCGUCACCACAGGUCCCGACGCCGAGAAAUUUGCGCGGCGCCAACGGCACAACCGGGUUUCGACCGGGUGAAUUGAAGUGGUGCACUCGACUUACCUUCUCGGCCGGACAGAAACUGCCGUGCGGUCUGAAUAGGAUGAAUUAUGUGGUGAGUCAA